AUGAGUUGCACAAUUGAGAAGGCACUUGCUGAUGCUAAAGCCCUUGUUGAAAGACUGAGAGAUCACGACGAUGCAGCAGAAUCUCUGAUUGAGCAAACCACAGCUCUCAACAAGCGAGUAGAAGCUAUGAAGCAGUAUCAAGAAGAAAUUCAAGAACUUAAUGAAGUUGCAAGACAUCGGCCACGGUCCACAUUAGUUAUGGGAAUCCAGCAAGAAAACAGACAAAUCAGAGAAUUGCAACAAGAGAACAAAGAAUUACGUACAUCCCUGGAAGAACAUCAGUCUGCCUUGGAACUUAUAAUGAGCAAGUAUCGAGAGCAAAUGUUUAGAUUGCUAAUGGCUAGCAAAAAAGAUGAUCCAGGGAUAAUAAUGAAGUUAAAAGAGCAGCACACCAAGAUUGACAUGGUGCAUCGUAACAACUCCGAAGGAUUCUUCCUUGAUGCAUCUCGACACAUCCUUGAAGCACCUCAACAUGGACUGCAGAGGAGGCACUUGGAAGCAAAUCAGAAUGAAUUACAAGCACAUGUUGACCAGAUAACUGAAAUGGCAGCAGUAAUGAGGAAAGCCAUUGAAAUUGACGAGCAACAGGGUUGCAGGGAACAGGAACGAAUAUUUCAACUUGAGCAAGAAAAUAAAGGCUUGAGAGAGAUCCUUCAAAUAACUCGAGAAUCAUUUUUGAAUCUUAGAAAAGAUGAUGUGUCGGAAAGUACAUCUUUGUCAGCAUUAGUGACCAACAGUGACCUGAGUCUGAGGAAGAGCUGA